AUGCCUUUACCGAAACGGGUGAUAGAGCCCGUUUACGUCACUAGGGGUACAUUACCGGAAGACUAUCCCUUACCGUCGGAGCUCGAAGCUGUCACGAACGGAACUCUAGCCAACACUGUUAGACAACUUUCUUCAUUAUCUAGGCACGCUGAAGAUUUAUUUGGCGAAUUAGCAAGAGAUGCCCAACAGCUCUACGAUAGGUCAAAUUCUUUGCAAGCUAGAAUCGAUAGGUUAGCCAUAAAAGUAACACAAUUAGAUAGCACCGUGGAAGAGGUGUCGCUUCAAGACAUUCACAUGAGGAAAGCCUUUAAGAGCAGUGUGGUAUUCGACCAACAGAUAUUUUCUCGAGAUACGAUGCCCACAGCCAUGUUAGAAACGUACAACGUAUGCGAUAAGCCUCCACCACUAGACAAAUUAAAUUGUUACCGAGACGAUGGCAAAGACGGCCUCAAAUUCUACACGGAUCCUAAUUACUUCUUCGAAUUGUGGAGACAAGAGAUGUUAAACGAUACAGAAAGGGUGAUGCACGACAGGGGGAAGAAGCCUCACAGACCCCGCACCCAGGAUGGCGGACAAGGAAAUAGACAUAAGAGGAGAGUCAGGCAGCCGCAUAAUACUCGAGAGAGGCAGAAGCAGAUAGCUAGAGAUCACGGAGAGUAUAUUAUGCCGCAAAAUACCAUAUAUAGGACACCUCAACAACUGCAACAACCUCAACAGCAGAUGCCGCCUGAAGAAAUGAUGGUUCCCCAACAGCAAAUGCAACAGCGGCCACCCAGACCCAAUUCUAUCGAAAUUCGCCGCUCUUACCAACAAGAAGUUCCAGACGGUAUCAUGUCACCAGCUUAUCCUCCUUACGAAGAAAAUCCUUACCAACACGGCCUCUAUGGGCAAGGCCCAUUGAGCUCGGAAUCUUUGUAUGCGGGUGGAACGCCUACGAGAGGUGGGAAAAUACGACCCUCUCAACCACCACCUGCGCCUCCUAGCAAUAAUAGCACACCUUCCGCUAGUACACCAACGAGAGGGAGGAGUAUGUCGACAGGAAGGGACAAUUUACCUCCACCGCCGCCACCUCCAGAAGCGACUAUGUCUCCACCCCCACCAAACGGCAUUCCAGCACACAUCGUCAGGCAGUCCAGUCAGUCACGGUCAAAUAGUCCACAUUCACACCAAGCUACACCAGAACCUGCUCAAGAUUUACCUCCACCACCGCCAGCUCCUGUUAAACAGGCUUCUCCACCAAAACAACAAACGCCCGUUGCACCGCCUCCGCCUCCUCCCCCACCAAUGCCGAUGCCGAUGGUAGUGAACGGUCCGACAUCCACUCCACCGAUGUUAAAUGGAGAUUUAGCCAAAAUUCUGAAUUCCGCGCCACCAAAAUUGACACCUGUCAAAGAUCGACCGAUGAAUAAGCCACCGAUGGUCGACCCUAGGAAUGAUCUUCUGAAAGCCAUUAGAGAUGGAAUUAAAUUGAGGAAAGUAGAAAAGAUCGAACAAAAAGAAGUCGAAAGGGGCAACGGUUUACACGACGUCGCCAGCAUCUUAGCCAGGCGAGUAGCGGUGGAAUUCAGCGAUUCUGAAUCUGGUAGCGACUCGGAAUGCGACAGCGAGGGAUGGGGCGAGAAUGAGACGUCAGCGUGA